AUGGCGAUAGGUAUCAACAUGUCUGCGCUCUGUGAUCACGUUUUUCAAAGACGAUCGUGAAUUUACGCAAUUUCAUCCAUCGUAUAAAGUAACGCGCGGAUAACUUAUCCAAUUUCAUGUGCAACAGUUUCAAAGGACAUGUUGCUUGCAAAGUUGCUGCCUGCUACCUUAAUUAGUAAGCCGAUCAACCUAGCUCGUUCACUCGCCACAAGCCUCCCGCUGUGUGGCCAACACGGCAUCGUCCCGAAGAAACGCAAGAAGUAUCCGCUACCAGCCAACAUUCGUCACAGGGAGCGCGUGUUGGAAAAAUUCCCACUGACCGGAAAACACAAGUCGGGAAAGGCGAGCAAGUACUACCAGCAGCUGCAUUACACAGGCGUGCAGAGAACGGGAUUUUUGUUCAGAAGCAGACACGUUCUGUACAAGGACGCAGUGCCCGAUAUCGUUGUGCCGAAUUUGACCAAGUUUGCUCUGAAACCCUAUGUGUCGUACCGGGUACCGGACGUGACCCAGUCUGAGUUUACAUCAAAGGAUUUAUUCGAUACUGUCUAUGCGAGGAAGGUCAUAGAGGAUUUCGAAGCAGGAAAUAUCGAGAUAAAAUCUAAGAAAGUAGAGUAAAUGUUUUCUGCUCGAGCGCUCAUG